AGAUGCAUUUGAUUUGUGCAUUUUAACCGCGCGAAUGCAUUUGAUAAAUGCUUGUAAUUAUUAAUUCUUAACGUGUGAUUAUUAUUUUACAAAAGUAAUAAUUAAUAAUAAGUAAAGAAGCAAAAUAAAUUAAUCGUUAAAAAAGAUGGUGAAUGAAGAAGCAGUGGAAAAUAAUAAAAAAACUCAACCUGUAUUCAAAAAUCCAUCUUUCCACCAACAAUUUCGGCCAAUAAGUAAUACUGGAAAGAAAAGAACUUGGAGAUCUCUUAAACAGGUUUUAGCUCAGGAACGUAGUUUACCAUGGCCUACUGAAGUAGUACAUUAUAGUGCUAUCAAUGCACCGCCAAGUUUUAAACCUGCAAAGAAGUAUUCUGAUAUAUCUGGUCUGCCUGCACGGUAUACAGAUCCACAAACUAAGUUAUAUUAUGCAACUGCCGAAGAAUUUGCCACAGUUCGCAGUUUGCCAAUGGAUAUAACUGCUGGAUAUUUAGCAUUACGUGGUGCUUCUAGUAUCGUUGGUUAAGUAUUUUAAUUAAAUUGCAAGAAAUAUAUCAUUCUUUUUUAAA